AUGUUGAAAGGGAUCUCCAAGGGGUUCUCGCAGCAGCUUGCCUGCAUCGCUCCCGCGGCGGAGGCGGAGUUCAUCCACGAGGACACGCUGGUGUGCCCGAGCGACCGGCCGAUCGACCUCGGCGGCGGCGCCGCCCUCGGCCGGACCCCGCCGGAGGUCGUAGUGACGGCGGUGCCCAAGGGCUCCCCGGAGGCGCUCAAGGCGCAGCCAGCGCCGGCCUCGCCGCCGCCGAAGCGGCCAGCCUCUGGCUACAUGCUCUUCGCCAACGAGCGGCGGCCCGGGCUGCUGGCGGCCCGACCGGAGCUGAAGGGCGGUGGCCGGGACGUCCUCGGCGAGGUCGCGAAGGCGCUCGGCACGGAGUGGAAGGAGCUCGGCGAGGAGGCGCGCGCUCCCUACGAGCGGCGGGCGCAGGAGCUGCGCGCGGAGUACACCGAGAAGAAGCUCGAGUACCUGGCCCGCCACCCGGAGGUGAGGCGCGCGGCCCCAAGACGGGUCGCCGCGGGGGCUCCCGCGAGCCGGAGCAGGCGGACCCUCACCAGCAGGGCGGACACCGACGACGAGGACUCGGGCCCCGACGACGCGUCCGCCGACGCCGGGGGCGCGGUGCGGCGGAGCUCCCGGCUGCGCGAGACGCCGCUGGAGGCCCUGGCCGCGCAGACUUCCGCGUCGGUCAUGAUCCAGCACCCACCGCCCGAGCUGGGCAAGCGGCGGCGCACGGGAGACCUCUCCCAGUCGUCGCCCGGGUCGCGCGGCGAGCAGCACAUGUCGUACAGGGAGUACCUGAGCCACGACCGCGAGCAGGACAGGGUCGUGGACGACGCGAAACGCCUGCUCAUCCAGACGCAGUCGUUCAACGGCGGCCCAGACGAGGACCUGCAGCUCGCGAUCGCCAUGUCCAUCUCCGAGGUGGCGGUCCACUCGGAGGAGGAGCUCUUCACGAGCAUCGGCGUGGAUGCGCCCUCGAGCUCGGCGACCAACCACUCGGGCCAGCAGCGGCAGCCGCCCGCGGCCGCGGCGCCGACGCAGGGCGGGCCCUCGCCGGCCCAAGCGGAGCCGCGCGAGGAGGCCGAGUCGGACCUCGAGGCCGCCCGGCGGCUGCCCGUCGUCCCCCUGGAGGAGCCCGCUGCUCCCGCUCCGGCGCCCAGCAGCGCCGCGGCGCCCGAGGCGCCUGCGGCGCGGGCGGCGCCCGCGCCGCCGCAGCCUGCGCGGGCGUUCUUCGAGACGCCACGCCCCUACAGGCCAGCUGCUGCGAGCAGCUCUGUCGUCCGGGCUGCCACACUGGAGGCGUGCCGCGCAUGCGUGCCGGUCCCGCGUGCAGAGACGGAGGGAGCCGCCUCCGCGGGCAGGUUGGUGCCGGGCGUGGCGAAGCAGGCAGCACUCGAAGCCAGCAAGGGGGCGAUGCAGGACGGCCAGGCCCGGGAGGAAUUGGACAGGGAGGUGGGCGCGGGCAAGGCAGCAGCGGUGACCGAGCCCGACCAGCAGCACCAGGCCAUCCAACAGCCCGCCGCGACCACGGGCACGGGGCACGAGGAAGCGAAGUGCAGCGGCAAGCUGAGGAGGAUCCGGACGAGACUAGGAGGAACCGUCCAGUCGCCCAACUCCGAGGCUGCGCGCCCGUUCGGCGUGCCGGGCUCGGGCACCAUCGCCGCCUCCAACACCGAGCGCAGCAGGGCCGGAGGCGCCGCCAUCCAGGUGGACACGCUGGGCAAGGAGAAGAGGUUGGGCACGUGGGCGGACCGCAAAUUCAAGCGGCCCAUCAAGGCAAAUCGCGACUACCGCAAGGACGAGUUCCAGGUGCCGAAGCGGCUGAAGGCGAAGGGGAAGGCAUCCGACGCCAAGGGGCCAAAGGGCAAUUGGUAG